AUGCAAGUUUGCAACACUCGCUUGACUCGUUUGGCUCGGAUUCUGGUUGAUAUUUACGAUAUCGAUGCAAAGUUACAUUCCAGAAUGAACGUGCAUAAUCUGAUGUGGUCAAUCGUUUGGUUUCAUUGUUAUCGGUCAUUGACACCAGUGAUUGCAUUGAUUGCAAAUAGUAGUCCAAGACUGACAAGUGUGUCUGAAUUGAUGACAGAUGAUACAGUCUAUCCAACAAAAAGUAAUACAUUGAUCGUGUCUGUGUGGCCAAGUGUAGAUAGGUCAAUAGGAGUAAAAGUAUUUCCCACUGGGGUUGUAAAAGAGCCGCCAACAGAUGCAAGUACCAAAAAAAGUGCCUUGAGUUGGGGCAACAACAGACUUGACUCUUACGACACUGACCAACUCUCACUCUCGUUGACUGAUGGUGGAAAAGCUUUGCAACCAUACGGCCCAGUUCCAGCAUCAGUUAAAGAGAGUAAGAUUUGGUCAGUGUCGUAA